AUGACAGAAGGAGACAUGUACAAACUCUCUAGUUUCCACAAUGGAUGCCUCAGAAAGAUCAUGAGGAUUUUCUGGCCAAACAAAAUCAUAAAUGUGGAACUACAUGAGAAGGCCAACACAGAUAAUAUGCGUACUUUGUUAACAAAACGGAGAUGGCGAUGGAUAGGGCAUGUGUUGAGGAAACCAGCCGAAUGCAUCACCAAAGAAGCCCUUAGAUGGACACCGGAAGGGAAGAGGAAACCUGGUCGGCCAAAGAACACCUGGCGAAGGACGGUUGAAAAAGAAAUGAGGGACCACAAACUAACGUGGGGAGAGUUAGAAAGAAAUGCUAAAGAUAGAGAAAAUUGGAAAGAUCUAGUCCUUGCCCUAUGUGCCCACGGGCAUAACAAGGACUAG